AUGGGGCGGCUAGGGGCCCACCGCCUCUUCCUGGUCGUCGCCUGCCUGGGGCUCUUCGGGGCGCGCGGGGCGCUCGGAGCAUCUUUUUAUGGUGAGAGUUAUGUGGAGCUCAACAUCCUCGAAGUUGCCUCUGAGUUCUCUCUUCAAUUAAAAUUUCAAACCAGCAAACCACGGGGAUUACUUUUUCUUGCAGCUGGGAAAAAUGACUACUGUAUAAUAGAACUACUAUCAGGAAACUUAUGGGUGAGGAUGAAUUUGGGUGCAGGUGAAAAAGUGCUCCUUUCUGAGCAAAGACUUCGUAUGGACGACCUGGUUUGGCAUUUAGUGGAACUGUACUAUGUUAACAACAGUAUCGCUCUAGUUAUUGACAAACAUUAUGAGACAACGAGCCAAAUCACUGGUGGGGUGCACAAUUUGCACUUUCAACAUGGGAUCUACAUGGGAGGCCACGGUGGACUUGAUGUCCCUUACCUGGACAGAGAGCUUCCCAAUUUCCGUGGAUGUAUGGAGGAUGUGCUGUUUAACCAGAAGGAGAUCCUUGCAUCCCUUAGAUCUUACCCUGGCUUUAAGAAAGUUUACGAAGUGUCACUAGGAUGCAAUGAUGAAUUUUUUACAGGAGUGGAUGAAGCCAUCAAUUUCUUUAGCUCCAGAUCCUACGUCACUUUCCCGGAAUGGAGGGUGCAUGGGGAGGGGCUAUUGGAAUUUGCUUUGCAGACUGGAAUGCAACAAGCCUUGCUUUUAUUUCAGUCAGGUAGAGAAGGAUAUUUUGCUGCUUUGGAAAUUGUUAAUGGUCUAUUGAGGGCUCACGUAGGAAGGAGCAAAAGUAACACCCAGCUCUCUUCUUUUAGCUUAGUUAGUGACAACAAGUGGCACAUUAUUCAACUUAAGUUCACUGGAAGGUAUCUGGACCUGAUGGUGGAUGGACAAGGGGUAAGGACAUUGCUGCCUUUGCAAAGCAAGCCAUUUGUAUCUGAAGGCCCCCUCUUUGUGGGAGGUCUUGAUGCCCGUAAAGUAGAAGAAGUUAAGAAGUUAGGAUUUGCCUCUGUACCUAGGAAAUCUGCUCGAGGAAUCUCUUUGAAAGGAUGCUUAAGAGGCUUGGAAGCCAACUCAGAAAAGAAAGCACUGAAGGAUGCCCUUGUUUCCAAAGAUAUAGCUGCAGGCUGUAAAAUGAGGAGUAGUGAUAAUGAAAAUCCUUUUAUAACAACGGGGGAAAACCUGCUUCAGUCAGAAUUUCCCCUUUCCACCACUGUCACCCAGGCAGGCAAGCUUACUUUUCAAGAUUCGAGCAACUAUUUAUUGAGUCUGGGUAACUUGGAGGUCCAGGAAGGUGGGCGAGCCUUACUGGAACAAAGGCAUAUGAAAGUGGAUGUGGAAUCUAAAGAUUUGGGUAUCCAUCGUUCUCAGAUUCUAUUUAAAAUAGAAGAAAUGCCCCUUCAUGGGUUCCUUCAGUUAGAUGUUUCCCCUGUGCGGGAAAUGGAGAAAGCUUUCACUAUGUUAGAUUUGGGGCAAGGGAAAGUUUGGUAUGUCCAUGAUGGUUCGGAAGAACCUAGGGAUUUUUUCACAUUUUCUGUUUCUUCCAGCAGCAAGCAGAAAAUGCCAUUUUAUCUGCAGGGCCAUGUUCCAUAUGUGUUCAACAUUACUGUCAUUCCAAUAAAUGACCCCCCACACCUUAAGCUUCCCGAAGGAAACUUGCUUCUCCCAUUUGAGCAUUCUAAGAAACGACUGACUCCAAAUAUAAUACAUGUGUCAGACCCUGACACAGAUUCCUUGAGUCUUACUUUCUCCAUUCUUGGCAACUUCAAUUCCGAUGUUGGGUUUUUAGAAAAUACCAAUGAUCCUGGGAAAGCCAUUCAGGGUUUUACAUAUGGGGAUUUAAGAGAUGGCAACAUUUUCUACGUGCACAGAGGUCCUCGGAACUCCCGGAUCCUUCUGAGAGCAAGUGAUGGAGAGCUGGUUAGCAAUACAGUAGUGUUACGGGUGAUGGCUGUUCCUUGGGACUUUGAAGUGGCCAUUAGAACCGGUGUAGUUGUCCAGCAGGGUGCCACAGUUCUGAUUACACAGAGUAACUUGUCGGUGGAGGUUAAUGGUGGACCCCACGAGAUGGAGACCUGCUAUGCCAUCACUCAGUCACCCCAAUUUGGCCAAAUUCAGCGGCAAGGGUCAAGUGGAGAAUGGAAACAAGUUAGUACCUUUUCUCAGCGUUCCAUUGAUCAGGGUCAGGUCCGGUACCAUAGUACAUUUCAAGAAUUACAGCUAGAAAAUGUUACAGAUCACUUUAAAUUUAAAGUUCAUGUAGAAGGAAAAGUCAGCAAAGAGCUACUGUUUCCGAUUACUGUACAGUGGCUAAAGUUUACACUUCUGAAAAAUGUUCCUCUAAAGGUCAGUAAAAUAAACAGACAAGUAUUGAGUUCGGAUCAUUUGCAGGCUGUGACAGAGGGUGCGGAUGUAGCUCAGAGGAAAAUGCAUUUUAAGUUACUGACCCCACCCAAGAAAGGAAAAUUGCUACUUGGCAAUAAAGUUCUAAAAACAAACUCAGUCUUCAGCCAACAAGACAUUGCAGACUCUAAGAUAAGUUACGAGCCACAGGAGAGGCCCAGGGACGACACACAAGAUACCUUUAGGUUCUUGAUUGUUGCAAAGCACAUAGAAUCAAAAAAUUAUACUUUCAGAAUAAACUUUGAAGCAGAUAAGACACGCAUUAUUGUGACUAACAGAGGAUUCUUUGUGAAAGAAGGAGAAGGCAAAUUAAUUACAAAAUCAGAAUUAUUUGCUCAAACCCUGGACAAUCAGACCUUCCAAUAUAAAAUCACCCAGAGUCCUCAACACGGGAAGCUGAAACUGAUUAACUUGUCAGAUCCUCUGGGAAGUCAUGACAACAUUACCGCAUUCACUGAUCAAGACCUAGUGGGUGAGCGGCUGAUGUAUGUCCACGAUGAUUCUGAGACCCAGCGUGACGAAUUCGUCCUUGUGGCCUCCGCCAUAGUACCAGGCCACGACGGAGCCAUCAGGGAUCUUGACAUGGAGCAUUUAUCUACGGAAAUCAAAGUUACCAUUUCUGUAGGGCUAAAGAAUGAUGAGAAACCAGUGCGUGUGGUCGAUAGGGUCUUUCAUGUUGUGAGAAACGGCCAGCGCCUGCUGACUCUGGCAGAUGUCUGUUACCAUGACCCCGACUCAGAUUUUGAUGAUGGACAGUUGCUCUAUACCCGCCGGGGCAUCCCAAAUGGGGACUUGGUGAGAGCCAGUGAUCUCUCGCAGACACUAUACCAGUUCAGGCAAGAUGACUUGCAGGCAGGGCGAGUCCUCUUCAGGCAUCAGGGUGCAGAUUCUGCCCGCUUUGUGCUGUUCGUGACAGAUGGUGUCCAUUACACGUCCUUCCUUCUCGAGGUCAGUGCAUCAGACCCUUAUGUCCAGAUAGCCAACAACACGGGGCUGCUGGUACAGAGAGGAGAGGACAGCAGCCUCACCGCAGCUAACCUCAGUGUCACCACAAACCAAGAUGUCCGAACAGACCAUGAGAUCGAAUUCCACGUGGUACGGCCCCCAAAACAUGGCAGAAUGCUGGUCAACCACUCAGUGUCCCUCGCAUUUUCCCUACAUGACUUGAAGCAAGGACAUGUGACUUAUAGGCAUGACGGCAGUGGCGAUUCUGAUAUGUUCAACCUGACAGUGAAAGUUAAAGAGAUAAUUGUAGAAGUAGGAGUCUAUGUGCAAGUGUACUCAGAAAACCACCAACGUGGCACCCAGAUUCUGCUCAAGACCCUUGUUGUUGAAGAAGGAAAACCAGUAAAACUGAGUAGACGAAGACUCCAGGCUGUGCAUGAAGAUAAUAUUCCUUCAGAGGCAACGUUCAUCAUCAGAAUCCCGCCAAUGCAUGGAUAUCUCCAAAAAUCUUUAGCAGAGGAAGGCAGCUUGGGUGCAGAUGAAAAGUCCCCUCAGAUUUUUACACAACAGGAUAUUGACAAUGGUAAUAUCCAUUAUGUACAGAAAACUCCUGACCAACAACAGGACCGUUUUUUACUGGAUGUGUUGAGUGGUUUCCCAGCUGUGAAUGGAAUUGAAAUCUUGGUGGAUAUUGUCCCUAAGCGGAUUCCUCUGGAGGUACAAAAUUUCACAGUCCAGGAAGGUGGUUCCAGAGCACUUCUGGAAGACUACCUCAAAAUUCCUAACAAGUAUUUUCAGGGAGUUGACUGUGAAUUUGUUCUGCUCAAACCACCGCAGCAUGGUUAUGUUGAAAAUUCUAAUUUUCCAAGAAUGAAGCUAAUGAAGUUUACCAGGAAACAGGUGGAAAAUGAAUUGAUUUACUAUGUGCAUGAUGAUAGUGAGGAGCUUCUUGAUAAUUUCACCAUCUUUGCAAGUAGCUCGGAGCUCGGAAAACAGAGUUUGCCCCAAACUCUUUUUGUAACUGUGGAAUCAGUAAAUGAUGAGACUCCAAUAAUAACAGCCAAUAAAAUCCUUCAGGUAUGGGUGAAUUCUGUCACUGAGAUUACCAGUGGUGACCUCUGUGCGGAAGAUGAGGACUCCUCCCCACAGGACCUCAUCUACUGGGUCACUCCACCCAGCAACGGGCAUUUGGCUCUCAAGUCCUUUCCUGACCAAAGCAUUCAGAACUUCACCCAGGCUCAAAUCAACAAGGGUCAGCUAGUGUUUGUACACACUGGAGCCAUGUCAGGAGGCUUUAACUUUCAGGUCACUGAUGGUUUGAGCUUUGCACCACGGCAAAUAUUUAGCAUCACCGCUCGAGCCCUGACCCUUCUCUUAGAAGUCAACCGAGGAUUGAGCAUCUUUCCAGGUUCCACGAAACCCCUUUCAUCCGGUGACCUGAGAGCUGUGACGAAUGACGCGGACAGCACAGGAAACAGAACUGUAACUUUUACCGUUAUAAGUCCCCCUAGACUCGGGAGGUUGGUGCGAGUAAAUCCUGACAACAGCACAGAGGAAGUUUCCGUGUUUACGCAGACUCUGGUCAGUGAACGGCUGAUCUUAUACCAGCAUGUGGACCAUGAGAACACUGGCUGGGCUGCAGAAGACUCUUUCACAUUCACAACAUCCUCCCCACCAGCAGCUCUAGGCCCCGAGGAGUUUUGUAUUACUAUAUCAUAUGAAAUUACUGAACCUGGUCGGCAGAGUCAUCUGCUUGCAAAUACAGGAAUUGCUGUCAAGGAGGGAGAUAAAGUUCUCAUUGGCCAAUCUAAUUUAGAUGCUUCCAACCUCUUAUUGAAAUUACCCAAAUCCCAGCAAUCUUCCUAUGAGAUCUGGUUCCAGGUUACAUCUCUUCCUCAUCAUGGAGCCAUUAUGGUUGGAGAGAGGAAUAUUACCAAAGGAAAACCCAAUUUCUCCCAGUAUAUAGUUAAUAAAUUUGGAAUCAUAUACCUUCAUGAUGACUCUGAAUCACUGGCUGAUAAUUUUACCUUUGCCGUUUGGCCAAAUCCAAAGAGUAAGUCUGCUGCCAAGCCAGAGGCUGACUUCCUUGAAGAGAUGUUUAACAUCACCAUCUCUCCUGUUAAUGACCAGGCACCAGAAUUAAAGACAAAGGGGCUUCGGUUGAAAGUUCUACAGGGCAACAGGGUAGUUGUGGGACCUGAAAAUCUGAGAGUGGAAGAUCUGGACAGUCCUCCAGAGGAGAUCAGAUAUAUGAUCAUCCGCAAUCCUAAUAAUGGCUUUUUGGCAAUGGCUCACGAUCCAGACAUUCCUGUUCACCAUUUUACACAAGCCGACAUUGACAACUCUAGGGUGUUGUUCAUUCAAGAUGGAAGCCCAUCCUCAGGCGUGUUUUAUUUUAGUGUGACUGAUGGUCAGCACCACCCACUCUAUAAGCUCUUCAACCUGGAUGUCAUCCCCAUCUCCAUCACCCUUGUGAACCUCACUGACCUACUUCUCCCACAAGGCCAGACAAUAGUGCCUAUCACCAAUACUCAUCUGUCAGCAAUGACCAAUGGGAGAAGCCCCCAAAUCACUUACAAGAUAACAUGGCCCCUCCGACAUGGGCAUCUGCUCAUUGAAAACCAGGUGAUCAUCAGCUUUGGGCAGGAAGAUCUGCAUUCAGGAAGACUCUCUUACCAUAUGACAAAUCUCACUGCCUCAGAGGACCAGCUACAUUUCUCAUUGUUUACAUCAGAAAGUAAUCUUACAGGACAAACCCUGAGCAUCAGAGUGCAGCCUUUACUGCGGGUUAUGUCAAACCUGACAAUUGCCAACAGAGUGCUUUAUCAACUGAGAAGAAAGGACCUUGAUGCUACUGAGCUUGCUAAUAGGACUAACAGUGAUCCCAAAUUUGAAGUGACAGAACCCCCUGUCCAUGGAAGACUUGUACGAAGAGUGGGCCGAGGCACUAAAAUGGAAAAUGCUACUGUAUUCACUCAAAGGGACAUUGACCAAGGAUUGUUAAUGCUUAAUCCACAUGCUAACCUGACAGGCAUCGAUAUGGUGAAUGACUCCUUCACUUUCCUGCUCAGGGCAGACCACGUACAGCCAGCAGUAGGUUAUCUCCCCUUCACCAUAGUGCCACCUGACCCCUUACUUUUGCAAACAUUUAUCCCUGAUGUUUCUUUAUUAGUCACUGCAGAUAACCUUGUGACUUCAGAUUUCUCUCAGGAAAAGCUUGUAGUUUCCUCAGAACCCACAGCACAGACAGAAAUGCUAAGAAAGAUGACUCAGACCAGGCAGCAGCAAGCAGAUCCCUGGGGACAACACCAUGGUAAAAAGCCUACAAUGGAUAGCAGAGCCUCUCCAACUAGGAUCAUUUGGCCACCAAACACCACCAGUGCCAGUCCUGGGGCACCCACCCAACCCAGGGAGAGUGAUUAUCUUGUGAUAGUCAUUGUACCCUUGGCUGUGGUGGUCUUCCUGCUGAUAGUAACUGCCAUGGCCUUGUGUAUCUGGCUGCUGGGCCGGAAGGUAGAAAAGGCAAAACCUCUUAUCAAGUCCCAGACGAAUCUGGAACCUACAACCCCAAGUCCCAGGCCAGAAAGGAGUAUAGCUGUUCCCACUGUCACGGUGACACCCCUUCCAAAAAACUCCUGCAGUCCCGAAGUCAGUCUUUGCAGGGACCCGCUAAGUGAGCAAAUGACUUCUCCAGCUACUGAGCCAGUGGAGAAAUGUGCUCCUUGGGAGACAUGGAUGAAUCUGGAUCCCGACAUGGUCAAGCUUUGCCGACAAACCAACCCAACACUGAGGCACAACCAGUACUGGGUGUAGACUGAGGGCUCCUGAGUCUACUCCUACAGACUGCUGUGCUGGGAUAAGUCCUGAGAUACAAAGGCAAAGAAAUGCUGGGUGGAUCAACUGAGAAACGCCUGGCUCCGACCAUCACUCAGUGCUCAGUUAUGGUCCCACGGUUAGAUGUUGGCAAGCGCUUAUUGUAGCUGAUACAACACUCAUCUGAUGGGCUCUCCACAAUGACCUUUGUAUGCUCUCCUCUGGACCUGACUCUGAGUGUAUGGUUUUGUCAAUAUUUAAACCCUUUACCAAAGUGCUACCAAAUAUGCUGGCCUAACUGGGUGCUAGAGUUAACGGAGGAAGGCUUUGCAUGUUUUUCACUGACUCACUCUCUAGUCAGCAGGGAAGGGCAGGAACUGUUUCAGCAAGUAGAAAAGGUAAUUUAUCAAAUCAGCAAGUUUGUUUCCAGUGUAUUUCUAUAAUGUCUUUUCCUCCUUGGAGCCUGUAGGUUUGAUUUCUAGUACAGGAAGUGCCUUGGUGCUCCAGAUAGUAGGACAGCUCCAUCCCCAGUGAAGUAUUCAUGGAGCAUAUUAUGUUUCAUCGAGAAGCUUUAUCUAUUCUGAUUUGUACAACCAAGUCUGUAGUACAUAUAUGAUUUGAAGCCCUGAAGAGUAGAAAAGUCUGUUCAGUGUUUUUGUGAUGCUUCAAUUUGGCUUAACUUCACAAUUAGUUGAAAGAAUAGCAAAUUUGUAUUUGACUUGUCUGGUUGAGACUACCAUUGGCUCAGUUGAUUCAAGCUUCAGUUUCUAUAACUGUAAAAUGAAGAUAUCAGUGCUUGUAUUAGUUGAGAAUGCUUUAGGUUGCAAAUCACGAGACAUUAGCUAUGAGUCAUUUAGAUUGGAGAUUGACAAACUUUAUUUGCACAGGACCACAUGGUAAAUAGUUUAGACUUUGUGGGCCAUACAUGGCUGUUUAUUUUUAACAGACUUUGUUUUUUUUUUUAACAAAGUUUUUGAAAUGUAAAAGUAGUUCUUAGUUCUUGCAUUUGACCCACAGUUUGCCACCUAUUGAUUUUGCUAAGCAAUAAAAGUGUUCCAACUAGCAGGCAGCCUGAGGUGGACAUUCCAAGGCUGGUUCAACAGUUCAAAGAUGUCAUCAAGGACUGGAACUCUUUUGUUCUU